AUGUCGAGAUUCAUCUCACGGUCAUCCGACAGGUGCCAUAAAUUCUUCAAUAUGCUGAAAAAAGACAACGGGAUCCAAUGGAAUUCAGAAUGCAUCGAGGCCUUGAGGGAACUAAAGGCAUACUUGUCCUCGCCUCCACUGCUCGCCAAAGCAGAACCCGGCGAGCGCCUCCUAAUCUACUUGGCCAUCUCAAAAGUCGCGGUAAUCGCAGUAUUGUUCCGCGAAAACAAAGGUGCGUUCACCCAAAUACGAGAACAGGAAGUCAUCACCUUUAAAUGGAAGAACAUCAUAUGCCAUUUCGGCAUCCCUAAAGAAAUCAGCUGUGACAAUGGGCCCCAAUUAUUCGGGAAAAAGACCACCGCGCUCUUCGAAAAAUGGCACACCAAGAAAAUACUCUCCACGCCAUACCAUCCUGCCGGCAACGGUCAGGCCGAAUCCUCCAACAAGACAAUAUUGAACAUCUUAAAGAAAAAGCUUGAGGACGCUAAAGGGUUAUGGCCGAAUUGCUACCAAAGGUACUAUGGGCUUACCGCACCAUGCCGAAAACAAGCACAGGCGAAAUGCCAUAUUCACUAG